AUGUACGCAUGGCGUAUAUGUGACUAUACUCGAGAUCUCCUCGAUUGGAAUACGUUCGCACAAGCGGUCUUACUGAAUGCGGAUGCUGAACUAGCUCUUCGCAUAUUCCGACACAUUGGAGACGUUUCAAUGGGCUUAGCACUGGAAUCGAUUGUAUCGAUUGAAGAGAAGACGCUGUUGGCAGCCCAUGUUUCAAUGCUACUCGGGCGAUACGAUCAGGCCGAACAGCUCUUCUUGAAGAGCUCCUGCCCUAACGAAGCGCUUGCAAUGCGACGCGACCUGUUGGACUGGUCAAAGGCAUUAGCACUUGCUGAACAGCUCUCCCCAUCAGAAAUCCCCCAUAUUUCGCGUGAAUACGCACAACAACUAGAGUUCAUGUUGGUCUAUUUUUUUGCGAAAUGGCGUCAUUAUAUCGAAGAUGACAUACUCGAGCAUAACGAAGUUUGUCGAUCGGGUGUGGCACGAAUGAGCAUCCGAACAGGAGACAUCAGAAGAGGCAUUCAACUUGCUCGUGACUUACACGGACGAGUGGUGAAGCGAGAUUGCGCCAUUAUCCUCGAGCAACUGAAGCAAUACGGUGAAGCAGCCGAUCUUUACGAGCUUGGUCAGUUCUAUGAUCGUGCAGCAGCUGUGUGCCUGAAAGCAAAAGCAUGGGGGAAGGUGGGUGAGCUCCUUCCUAAGGUUCGAUCACCAAAGAUCCAUGCACAGUAUGGGAAAAUUAUGGAAGCCGAAAAACGCUACAAGGAAGCGGCUGUGGCCUACCGAAACGCUCGUGAUUACGACAACCUGGUUCGAAUGCUUUUGGAUCACUUGAACAUGGCUGAAGAAGCGGUAAAAGUCGUACGAGAAAGUCGAAGUAUUGAAGGAGCGAAGUUGGUUGCCAAAUUCUUCUCCCAAUUGGGAGAUCAUGCAUCGGCUAUUCGUUUCUUGGUGCUAAGCAAUUGCCACCAGGAAGCAUUCCAACUUGCUGAAGCGACAGACCAUGUGGCUGAAUAUGCAGACUCUAUAGAGGCUGACGGCGCCACUCAAGACCAAAUGGCCCAACUAGCCGAGUAUUUCGCCGGUGCUGGUGAUGCCCAUAACGCCGGGCGGUUCUAUCUACGUGCAGGGCACUACCGAGCAGCAUUGGAGUACCUGAUGGCAUGCGGUGAAAAUCACGACUCACUUCUGCUGGCUAUCGAAUGUGUUGCGGCGGCUGGCGACAGUAAACUGACAGCCAGGCUCACUGACUACCUAAUGGGAGAGGUCGAUGAGAUACCGAAGGAUGCCAAAUAUCUGUUCCGCCUCUAUGUUGCCCUUGGAAUGACCAGAGAAGCCGCCACGACAGCUGUGGUCAUCGCACGUCAAGAACAGGAACGUGGUUCAUACACGGUAGCACGGAACGUACUUUUAGCUAUGUAUCAGGAAUUGGUGGCCAAACAAAUCAAAGUCCCCCAUGAUAUGCAAAACAGUCUGAUGAUAAUACAUUCGUAUCUGAUAGUCAAGAGUCUGUUGAAAAGAAAUGAAACCCUGAGAGCAGCUAGGAUGUUGAUUCGCACAACUGCUAACAUCAGUCGAUUUCCAGUUCAUGUGGUACCGAUCCUGACAUCAGCAGUGGUGGUGUGCUCAAAAGCCGGUCUCAAAUCCGCCGCUCAUCGAGCUGCGGUUCAACUCAUGCAACCAGAAUUUCGCCAGAAAAUUGACGCCAAAUACAAAAAGAAAAUCGAGGCUUUUGUUAGGAGAGCCGACAAAACGGACGAUUCUGAGGAGACUCGCCCACCAUGUCCUCAUUGUGCGUAUCCAGUACCGGAAACGGAACUGGCAUGUGAUAACUGUAAAUCUACAAUACCCUACUGUAUAAUUACGGGUCGACACAUAGUGGAUUCCGAUUUUGCUCAGUGCCCAUCAUGCGAAUUCCCAGGAUAUUACUCUGAAUUUAAAAAGUAG